AUGAUGACACGGAACUUAUCGCAGCUCGAAUUGAUUGACGCGCACGACAUAGUGCGAAUCCGAAUUAGUGCGAAUCCGGCCCCUGCAUUCGCGCACGACAAGACAACUAUGUCAGGCGCAAAGAAGCUCAUAAAUGACCCAUCAGAUGUGGUCCUCGAGAUGAUCGAGGGCUUGGUGGAGACCUACCCCAACCUGCAGUACCUCGAUGGCUUCCCUGACGUGAAGGUGGUGCUGCGAGCUGACGUCAGCAGAGGGACGUACGAGAAGGUGGCAAUCAUUUCGGGCGGCGGGAGCGGGCACGAGCCGGCGCAUGCAGGGUUCGUGGGGAAGGGCAUGCUCACUGCCGCCGUGUGCGGGGAUGUCUUCGCCUCGCCUUCAGUCAACGCUGUUCUCAUGGCCAUUCGGGCAGUGACUGGUCCAGCUGGCUGCCUCUUGAUCGUCAAGAGCUAUACAGGUGACAGGCUGAACUUUGGACUGGCAGCAGAGCAAGCCAAGGAGGAGGGCUUCAAAGUCGAUAUGGUGGUGGUGGGGGACGACUGUGCGCUGCCGCCGCCUCGUGGCAUUGCAGGGAGAAGAGGUCUGGCUGGGACUGUCUUUGUGCACAAGGUUGCAGGAGCAGCUGCAGAGGAGGGAAAGUCACUCGCUGACGUGGCAGCAGAGGCUCGCCAAGUGGCAGGGCUAGUGGGCACCAUGGGGGUGGGUCUCUCUGUCUGCACCGUGCCGGGGGGCUUCCCUUCUGAUCGACUUCCUGCCACCAAGAUGGAACUCGGGCUCGGCAUUGUGAGUGGGGCGGAGAUGGGGUGA